AAACAGAAAGUCAUGCACAGCAGUUUUAACAACAGGGUUCCCAGAAGCACCACCAGGAUUGGAGUGCUCUAGGCUUUAGAGGAUGGGGUUCUGUCGCCUGUUGCUCUUAGCUAUUGUUCUCCUAACCUCAUGGUUCUCUACUGCCAAAGGUGAAGUGAGCCUUUGUGAUUUUCCAAAAAUAAGACAUGGAAUACUAUAUGAUGAAAAGAAAAAUGAGCCCUUUUCCCCUGUUCUUAGUGGGAAGAUUUUAUACUACUCCUGUGAAUAUAAUUUUGCAUCUCCAUCAAACUCCUUCUGGACUCGCAUCACUUGCACAGAAUCAGGAUGGUCACCAACUCCGAAGUGUCUCAGGCUAUGCUUCUUUCCUUUUGUGGAAAAUGGUAAUUCAACAUCUUCAGGUCAAACCCAUGUAGAAGGUGACAUUGUACAAGUGGUCUGCAAUCAAGGCUACAGCCUUCAGAAUAAUCAGAGCACCAUCACCUGUGCUGAAGAGGGCUGGUCCAUUCCCCCCAAAUGCAUUUCCACCAAUCCAACAGGGAAAUGUGGGCCCCCUCCACCUAUUGACAAUGGAGACAUCACCUCCUUGUCGUUACCAGUAUAUGCAUCAUUAUCAUCAGUUGAAUAUCAGUGCCAGAAGUAUUAUCUACUUAAAGGAAAUAAGGCAAUAACAUGUAGAAAUGGAACGUGGACUGAGCCACCAACCUGUAUAUACCCAACAGAGAAAUGUGGGCCUCCUCCACCUAUUGACAAUGGAGACAUCANCUCCUUGUCAUUACCAGAAUAUGAACCAUUAUCAUCAGUUGAAUAUCAGUGCCAGAACUAUUAUGUACUUAAGGGAAAGAAGACAAUAACAUGUAGAAAUGGAAAGUGGUCUGAGCCACCAACCUGUUUGUCUGCAUGUGUAAUAUCAGAAGCCAUUAUGGAAAGACAUAACAUACGUCUCAAAUGGAGACAAAGCGAAAAGAUUUAUGUUCAUUCAGGAGAGGAUAUUGAGUUUGAAUGUAAAUAUAGAUAUAGAAAAGCAAAAGGAUCACUGCCAUUUCGUACACCGUGUAUUAAUGGUAAAGUCAAUUAUCCCACUUGUAUGUUAAAUCACAAUACGUUUAUUCAUUGAUUUUAUUGUUUGCACGUUUGCGUUUUUUAUUUGUUUGUUUGUUUGCUUGCUUGCUUGUUUUUGUUUUUCAAGACAGGGUUUCUCUGUGUAGCCCUGGAACUCACUCUGUAGAUCACACUGGCCUCAAACUCAGAAAUCGGCCUGACUCUGCCUCCCAAGUGCUGGCAUUAAAGGCAUGCACCACCACUGCCUGCUGAUUUUAUUGUUUAGAAAUGCACAUGAAUAUUACUGCUACAGUUUCAACUUCCAUUUGAAGUAUUAACUCAUUUCUUCUCAUAAAUAUAAACUUUUUUGUUAUAUGGUGAUUAAUUUGUAAAUUUAAAGACUAUUGCCAAAAUGCAAAAGCAGUAAUACAAAACUCCUAAUCCAAAAUAUGAUAUGUCCAAGGACAAACUAUGUCAAACAAGAAAAUUUGAUGUAUGUUUUUCAGCAUUGUUUUUCUAUUCAGAACUUCCUCAGAUUUUUCUGGAUACCUUUUGAUGUAACGUUUUGAUUUAUAAUGAAUGAAAGAUAUAUUGACUCAAUUCUUCAAAUUAGUAUUGUUUCUGAAUCAUGUAACAACCAAACUAUCAUAUAUUAUAGUACUAAUGCAUAUAAUUAAAAACUAUAUAAUACUUUCAUAUCAAAAAAAUCUAAGGAACGUCUUGCAUAUGAACUUCUAAUAUUUGAUACAUUGAAAUAAUUAAAGGUUCAAGCAAUUAUGCAGAGGGAUUAAAAUUUUCACUAGGUGUAUCAUUCUAUUACUGCAAUAAUAUUGACAUUAAAAACUAUAAAUAUUUGGUAUCACUUAUAUACAGGCAAUGAGUACUGCAUUAGGCAGGAUUUUAUUGCUAUAAAGAGACAUAUUAGCCAACUCUUAUGAGGAAUAAUAUUUAAUUGGGGUUGGCUUAUAAGUUAACAUAUUUAGUCCAUUGUCAUCAUGGUGGAAAGCUUCGCAAUGUCCAGGUAGACAUGAUGUUGAAAAAGAAGCUGAGAAUUUUACAUCUUAAUCCACAAUCAGAAGACAAUGUGCCACAAUGAGCAUAGUAUGAGCAUGGGAAAGCUCAAAACCUUAACUUCUCAACUGCUCUGAGUGCAGAGGGUCCUCUAGGAUGUAUUGUGAUAUGGAGUCCUCAAAGAAGGAGACCAUCUAGGAGUCUUCCCAAGCAGCAAAGACCAGGUAGAGGGAACAGACGUGACUGAAGGAAGGGAAUGUCAUUCGGGAGGGCAGGUGAUUUGGUGGGUGAUGGGUCCCCAGUCUACCAGGCUCCCAGCAGCAGCUCUGGGACUGGAGGAGAGGGAUUGAGGGAAUUUCUUAUCAACUGCUCUGAGUUCAACAAGUCCUCUAAGAUGGAUUGGGAUAUGGAGUCUUCACGGGAGCAAACCAACUAGAAGUCUGCCCCAGCAGCAAGGACCAGGAGAAAGGUGAUAGUCACACCUAGACAUAACUGUUCUACAUACAAUGGCAACUGCAUUAUUAAUUUAGAACAGAAUAGAACUUUUGUGGUCAUUCUGUUAUUAUAACAAACUUAAAGAAAACCAUUGGUAGUCUCUUAAUUGAUAUUAGCGCUCGUAAUUAGGAAAUAGAGGAAAUUGAAAAAAAAACAGAAAUAUGUGUACAUAUGCAUUUUUAAGAAAACACAACCAAAGCACUCAUUUUAACUAUAAUCCUUGUUGUUUCUCAAGUAGGUUAUAUGGCCUUAGCUGACAUCUUUGUUAAGGUGCUAUACCUGUCAAGAGACCCCAUGACCAUUGUAACUCCUAGAAAGGAAAAACCUUUAAUUGGGAUCAGUUUUCUCUUUCAGAGUUUUUACCAUUAUCAUCAUGAUGUGAAGCAUGGAAACUUGCAGGCAGAAAUGGUAUUGGAACUGAGAGCUUUUAUAUCAUGAUCCUCAGGCAAAAGAAGGAUACAGUGUAACACUGGACAUAGCUUGAUCAUAGCCCUAAAAACAUGUCCACACCGUGACAUACUUCUUCCAACAAGACUACACCUGGUCCAAAAAGGCCAUAUAUCCUAAUAGUACCACACCUAAUGUGCCAGGAUUUACUAACACAUGAUAUAUGUGGGCCAUUCUUACUUAAUCACCACAUCUGGUAUUUAUAACUACAUACGUUUACUAUUCAUUUUGUAUUUCCUCCACCUUCUGCAAGCACCUCAGCAUGUCUUAGCUUUUUUCCUGGAGGAAUGACUCAUACUUUCAUUCCUGAAAGGUCUGUGCUCUUUGUCAUGUUCCCUGAAUAAGGCCAUGGUAAAUUCUCAUGGUCCUUCAUCACAGGACAUUUUAGCACCAAGAGGCACCCCAAAUAUCCUCUGCAUGCCAGACUUAAUUUCCUUGCCUCUAUUGUGGAGUUGCAAUACAAUUUUCCCAUGUAAUAUUGGAACUAUCAACCCUCUUACAAUUGUUAUUUCUUUCUUAGCCUGUUUGUUAAAAAAAAAUUAGAAGCCCCACAGUUACCAUACAGAAGUCAGAACUUCUGGGUCAGUUCAAUAUUUGUUGUGGCUCCUUGCAGGAGCAUUCUCUACUCUGGAAACAAAACUACUAAGAUAUCAGAACUUAUGGCCUCAGGAACAGAAAUCAUUUAAUUCCUAAACAUUCACUAGGGGUGAGAGUGGUUUUCUGAUUCCUACCCCUUGAUUCUUGACCCAUGAAUAUUGGCUACAAGGGACACCAUACCAUAUAUUAGAUGAAUACUCAAAACAUAUUCUGCCCUCUCGAGAACACUGCAACAGCUCUCCCAGCUGCUGCCAAUUAAUUUCACACUACAUCUGCAGAUUCACGAGGCCUUUUUAUCUCUCCAUCAGGCUACUUGCUACAGAAUAAUGAGUAAUAAGGAAUAUGGAAUAAUGAGGAAUAAGGAAUAAGAUCAAUGGAUCUUAUUGAUCUUAUUCCUUAUUCCAGAAUAAGGAGUAAUAAGGAGUAAUAAGGAAUAUGGAAUAAUGAGGAAUAAGGAAUAAGAUCAAUGGAUUCUAAUAGGAUCAUGGGUCUUAGUCAGAUACAAAACUGUGUAGAAUACCAAGAUGGUGAAUAAGGUAUUCUUUAAGUCCACAGAUAGUCAUUUUGCCAGAGGUAUUGUUUUCAGGAGAGGCAAAUCGAUAACCAAAAUAAGUAUCUACUCCAGGAAGACAAUAAAGUUUACUUUCCACAAAAGGAGUGUCCAAUAUCAGUCCACCUGUCACCAGGUUGCUGGCUUAACUCCACUGGGAAUGGUGCCACAUCAGGAUUUCAGUAUUGGUCUAUGCUGUAGGCAGAUUUGACACUAAGAACAAAACUAUAGCCAGAGCUGCCUUAAUGAGUGGAAGUUCAUGUUAUCAAGUCCAUGUAUAUAUACUUCAUCUUUUCACCAUCUCCACUUUGUUCAUGGGCACAUUGGACAAUUAUAGGGAUGUCUAUGAAAAGAAGCUGUCUAUCCACAGAAUGGGGCAUUGAUUAUUGAACUCCUCCUCAGCUAACGUCAUUUAUUGAACAUUUUCAUGGGACACAAGUUUCUUCACAACCUCUUACAAUUUGGAGAGAUCUUUCCACAUGUAUCUUAUUUUCCAGAUGUCCUUAUCAUCAAUUUUCCAACCUUUCUCAAGCCCCAUCCAACCAAUAAAUUAGCUAAAACCCA